GACGGUCGUUCGACCUUGGAAUGUGACCUUACUCAACUAGUGCGUUGACGCAGUGAUGCCUUGUCGUCUGAACGUCAGCUGAUUCACGGUCUGUCAUAAAAGAAAUGACUGAAGAACUCCAUGGGCAUAAGCAUAUUUUGAGGCACAGCACGCGCAAGUGGUCGUUAAGUGAUCUGGAUAUAGGUAAAAAGCUGGGUGAAGGUUGCUUUGGUUCUGUGUACUUAGCUCGGGAGAAGAGAAGUCGAUUUGUGGUAGCGCUGAAGAUGCUAGUGCGAAGUGAAAUGACAUCAUACGAAAGAAUGCAACAAUUGCAACGUGAGAUUGAGAUCCAGUCACACCUAAAACAUCCCGGUAUUGUAAGGCUUUACAGUUACUUUUAUGACAAGAAAAGAAUAUAUUUGUUGUUGGAAUAUGCACCAAAAGGAGUACUAUCGGCGGAAUUAGUUCGCUUUCAUCAUUUUCAAAACCCGCGAGCGUCAACAUAUGUAUAUCAGCUCUCCUCCGCAAUCCAGUACCUCCAUCAGAAUGAUGUUAUCCAUCGAGAUAUUAAACCAGAAAACAUUCUCCUGGGACCCCGGGGCGAAGUGAAAAUAGCCGAUUUCGGCAGUGCAGUACAUCGACCGGCCUCCAGGCGAACCGCUCCUUUUGGCUCCCUCGAUUAUUUGGCUCCCGAAGUAAUCGACCCGGAAUCCAGCUACGAACACACUGUGGACACGUGGAGCUUGGGCAUUUUGACUUUUGAAAUGCUUACCGGCCAAGUUCCAUUUGUUGGCGAAACCCCGCAAGUAAUCGCUGAUCGUAUUCGCUUCGCAGAGCUAUCUCUGCCGAGUUCCAUUCAUCCGGAUGCUGCUACCUUAAUUGCUUCGAUGCUUCACAAAGAUCCAAAUUCACGCAUUCCCUUGCUCGAUGUACCCGCUCACUCGUGGGUAAAACAGUUUGCAGAAUUUUCGCUGAACCGUUGCUCGGCGGCGCUUGCAGAUUGGGAGACCUUUGGCCAAUGUGCUCAAUCCUCCGCGCAUAGCAGCUUUGAAUCCGGUGACCAACCCGACUCUAGAACGCUUUCCGUUGAUGAGACUUCUAAUCCACUACCCAGUUGAUUGUACCUGUUAUGAGCCCAUCUGUCUUGUCUUUCAUCUAUCUGAUUCGUCGUUUUCCUUUUUCAUAUUGUACAGGGACAUUUAACUUCGUCCACAUGGCUUGCAAAUAUAGCAUAUGUUCUG